AUGCCUUCUCCCCAGACCUUCACGGCUGGUCUGGUAGCUCUCGCCGGGCUCGUUACUGGGGCGCUCGGUCAAGUCAGCCUGCUGUCAAGCAGGCAAUCCGUGCAGGUUGCCGAGUCCACGGGCGUCUGGCCAUGGCUGCAGUAUCAGACGGAGCCCUCCUUCAACCCCCCUCAGCUCUCUAUCUCUUGGAAUGGAGAGAUCCUCGAAGAGGGAGUGAUUCUCCUGGAGCCUCGCAACUUUGACGGCAGCAAAGCCGGUAAGCAGGCGGGUCCAUUGAUCAUGACCUCCUUUGGCGACCUCGUCUGGAACGGUCCCAAGGGCAAUCUCUCGGGCACGCAGGAGUACAGCAACUUCCGCAUCCAGGAGCUCAAUGAAACGCAAUAUUUGACCUACUGGCAUGGAGUUCGUCAGGAAGGACUGAACGCUAGUACCGGGUACGGCAAGGUCUCAUUUCUCGACUCCUCCUAUGAGACGGAAUUCACCGUCUGCCCUAAGCUCGGCCUUGCCACGAUCGACGGCAAGGAACACGACUGUGAGAUCGACUACAAUGAGCAAUUCGUCACCCCUUGGGGAACCCUGCUGGUAACCGCCUACAACCUGACCCAGGUUGAUCUGACCUCAGUCAACGGCUCGGCCAAUGGCUGGGUGCUGGACUCGCAGAUCCACGAGGUUGACAUUGCCACCUCGGAGUCGGUUUGGAAAUGGAGCGCUUUGGACCACAUCCCCCUCAACGCCUCGGGCUUGCCCCUUACCAACGGCGCCAGCACUCCCGCUGAUGCUUGGGACUACGUGCACCUAGACUCUGUCUCCCCUUACGGCGACAACCUCUUGUUGAACGGCCGCCAUACUUGGGAGGUGUAUGCUGUGGAGCGCCCCAGCGGUGAGGUUAUGUGGACUUUCAACGGUGAGACCGGUGGUGACUGGGGUAUUAUUCCCGAGGAGUCUUCUUUCCGCUGGCAAUAUCACACUCGGGUUCGCGAGAUAGGCGACGACUUCGUCAUCUUCUCCAUGUUCGUUAACCACAACUACGAAGGCGCCAACGCAACCUCUGGCACCGCUCCCACCGUCGGUCGCGAAUUCCACCUCUCCCUGCCCCCAACCAAGGAUAUGUCCCCACUUACUCUGAACACCUUCAACGAAUCCGUCAGCCUGUGGAGCGACUCCUUUGGCUCAAUGGACUACGUGCCCGACGUCCAGAACACGACCACACGAUUUAUCAGCUACGGUCAGCUGCCCCUUCUUCGCGAGUUCAAAGUCGGCCCCGGCGCCAACGUGACCGAUCUCAAGUGGGAAGCCCGCUACGGCUCCGACAAUGAAGUUGUGGGCUACCGCGCCUACAAGGGAGCCUGGACUGGUCUGCCCUCGGCGGCACCCAAGCUCUCUGUCGAGGCUAACGGCACCGCCUUUGUUAGCUGGAACGGUGCCACCGCGGUCACCGCUUGGAAGGUCUACCAGGCAGCUGACCGUAACGAGACUGCUCUGACCGAGAUUGGAAUCGCCCAAUACCGCGGCUUCGAGACCGCUAUUGAUACCGGAGCAACCGGCUGCUUUGUGGUCGAGCCUGUCCUGGCCCUGAACACUACUGGCGUCAACUCCACCAUGGUAUGCUCAUCCUAG